AUGCCAGGCGAUUUGAAUUUGAAGAAGUCCUGGAACCCAGCCCUUGUUAAGAACCAGAAGAAAGUAUGGGAGAAGGAGCAGGAGGCCUUGAAAGAGCUCAAGGCGAUAAAAGAACGGUCCAAGGAAAUUGAGCAGGAGAGAGAGAAGGAGGAGAUGAUAAGACUACAAUACGGUGAUGACCCCAAUGCAAUGCCCCACGACAAGAAGAUUGAACUAAAUAAACUUGCUUGGAUGUAUGAGCAUGGGCCAGAGAAGGACAAAGACAAGUUGAACGAAUCCGGCUUCCGUGAGGUUGAAGAGGACUUCCUUCUGAAGCUGACGGAUGUGGACCAGUUGAUCAAAGGAAGUGCUGCUGUGAAGAAAAAGAAAGAUCAUGCAACGACAGAGGAAGCGAACAUCAGAAACCAGGAGCAAUGA